AUGAAACAAACAUCAUCGCUGUCGGAAACCUUUGCAUUUGUUAAUAGUGAUGAGGAUGAACCCAAGUCGAUCUUUUUGGACAUUGAAAAGAGUAGUGAUGAAAAAUUAGCAGAGCAAGAAAUUACACAAAAACGAAAGAGAAAAAUAGAGGAAACAAUUAAUUAUUUUAAUUCGAUUAAAAAACAAAAGAAUCAACAACAGGCUAAUACACCUCCAUUUGAUGAGGAUGAUAUGUGUUUAAUUACUUUGGAAAAGGAUAAUUUAUUAGAGUUAUCGGAUUUAUCGGAUGAUGAUAGAUCAAAGAAGGAUGAAACCAAGAUUAAUACAAAACAAGUUGUACAUAACAAGGCCUCAAAAUUGGAUCAAGCCUUGUCGAAAUUGAAUGAAAAGAAAAAAUCUACAAUUUCACAAAGUAAACAAGAUUGGAAACAAUAUAAAGAAAAGGAGGGAAUUGAGCACGAGUUGAAACAAUACACCAAAGAUGGUUAUUUGGAAAAGCAAUCAUUCCUUGAAAGAACAGAAAUGAGAGAGUUUGAAAUUGACAAGGAUUUAAGAAAUGCCGAAAGAAAGAGAAAAGAACAACAAAAUGCCAACAAGUAA